GUAGCAAAAAUUGGUUGGGCUCAAGUGUUGGGCCUAAAAAUCUCUAAUGUUGUGGUGAUCCCGCUAACGGCCCUCUGUUGCUGGCGCUGGCUGUCUAGACGAGGUGUCCAGCCCCUGCUUGGUGUAGGAUUUUCUUCAAUUUUUUGCAAAGGUCAAAGUGCGUUAGGUUAAAGAUCCACGAGAUGUUGGAGCCAAUCUCUAGGUUCCAACACCUGACGCUCAAAAGGCAUAAGGGCAGAGACGAGGGGUUUUUGAUCCUGUCCCCUAGGUUUCAACACUUGACUAGCGAAAUCAAAUAAUCGCAAGAGAGGCGUUGCACCUUGCUUCUAGGUUCCAACCCAUGUCCCAUCAGAGUGGGCAUGGAAGAAAAAAUGUAAUUCUCUCAUUCCGCUAUUUCUAUUACCAAAUAUUCUUACUUUAUUUCCAAUAUUAAUAGGGAUCUUAAGCACCAGGGUUAGAAUUUUUCCUAUCUUUUGUUCAUUACUCUUUUCCUACACCCAAGAGAGAGAGAAUCAUAUCAAGGCACAAGUAACCUUUAACAAGGCUAGAUAGGAUUUUAAUUAAUGAGUUUGACUUAU